AUGGAGAUGGAGAUGGAGAUGGCCUCAACGGAGAAGUACUGCCGUCACGAGACCAAAGAAGAUGCCGCCGCUCCCACAGAGACAGACGAGUUAACUGACAACGACCUCUCAGUCCUCUCGCUAAAACAACUUUCCCGGAGUGUCAACUUAACCACUUCACCAGACUCAACACUCUCGAUCUACCUCCGCUGGCUCGAGAUCCACCGUCAACUGAAACCAAAUCCUUCAAGGCCGUGGCGUAGCACUCUGGCUAGAUGGGUUUCAGCUCUUAGCUCACGAGGCUUCUGUCAGUCGGAGUUGGCAAACAAAGUGAAUAUCUGGAAGGAACAGCACGGUCCCUUCAAAGACUGUGCACGUCGACCUCCACCCACGCCCCUAGAUAUUGAAGAAGCUUUUACUUAUCUGAGAAGAGCUGAUUGGCACCGUGAGGGGAAGGACGCGACGCGCCAUAGAUCUGUGCAAUCCUCCAAUCAAAGUUCAACAAAAGCGGCUCACAAGGAGUCAAGUUUCAAGACCUGGAAGGCGACCAUGGAAGGCUCUAGGGGACCCCCACCUAGGGAUUACGUUUGCAAGCGCUGUGACAAGAAAGGUCACCAACUGGAAGACUGCCCCACCAACCUAGACCCAGCAUACGACAAACCACCUGAUAAGAACUAUACCUGUACAGUGUGUUGGGAAACAGGCAAGCACUACGGAGUACUCUGCCCAUAUAAUAAUAGCAGGUCCUCUCUUACUGUACAACGCAAGCAUAAGGAGCGUAGAGAGCGCAAAGAGCGUCACAGGGAAUCAAAGGCCUCAAAGGUUAACGCAAGAGAACGCGAUCUCACCGACAGCACCGGUAGAAGGGGACAAACGGAUCAAGAGUAUGGUCGACUGAAUCGAACCCCAGCCUCUUCGAACGUUUCAAUGAGAGAUUGUUCACCUCCUAAUAGUGCAAACCGAAGAAUGCUUGCGGAGCUUGACCUUGCAGCAGCUCGACUUUUGGAGGAGGAGUUAGCAGAUGUAGCUAAAAUGGAUGGGCGAGGAGUUACAACCUUCCAAGACUCCAGUAACCAACAUCGAAAGCGAGCUCUUCCGGACAUGAGCAACAGAGACUAUAGCGACAACGAUCUACACUCAGAAAGGAAGAAGCCCCGCAAGACUGGCAAUACUAUGGAGAACUCUGGAGACGUCAGACCAAACCCUGCGGAAGGAAUGACCAUGGAUGAAAUAUUAAGCGCGGUGGAUGAUUUAAUCAGUGAGGAACGAGACCGCUAUGCUGGCGAUGGACGCACCGACACAGAAACGGAGACCCUCACUUCUGAUAAUGCUUCUGUGGAUGAUUUCCAGAGCAAGAUACUAGCGAGACAUACAGAGGAGGGCCGGCUCAGGGAGACGGGAAGGAAGAACCUCAAUCCUGAAGAAAUUACAGUGGAUGAUGGCGAAGAGGAUGAUCGCGAUGGCCCAGUCAAUGCUGUUGCGUACACGGUAACACAAGGUACCAUGAAUGCCAUCAAACCCUCUGGUCGAACAGCAUACCGUCCUACUAGGCGCGGCAAUAUCGAGACCCGAUUUCCGAUUGUACCAGCUCCAGAGAGCAGUCCAGCUCCGAAGUAUUCAAAGCUCAUCCAAGGACUAAUUAAGAAGCAUCCGGAGAUGACGGAGGUGGUGAACAAUGUCAAGAAACGUCCAACAGCAGUCGAUAUGUGGGAAGCAGACGACCAAAAGAAACCCCAGCCAGGAACUAGAGCAAACCUUGAUGCAUUUGAAUCACUUGACCUUACCGAAAAGAAGCUGGAGAUCCCAAAGUCGACAACUCCUCCCAGUCGUACCGAAUAUCCACAAUUCGAUGGAGCCUGUGAUGAGAGGCCUAACCAGCGCAAUAAAAUUAUCACACACUCCAACUAUGAGGAAAAGGGUGUUCGCCUCGGCACGGUGGCAUUGAAUAAAGUCAAAGUAGUUACAGGAAACGCCAAAAAAGAACUUUCAGCGCUGAGGUUUGGACGGUCGAAUGCACGGUCUUCGAGCAACGAAUUCCCAUCAUUUACAUGCACGGCACAGACUACACCAUUAUCAGGCCCCGUUGGAAAGGUCGAUAAUAUGAAAGAGGUGCAUCCGAAAGUGAAGAGGGCCACUUUUAAACUGAUGAAAGAUGGGCACGAGGAUACUGCGGCAGCCAACAUUCAAAAUUUGCAGGUUGAGGAAGUUCGUCUCAACGCUAACACAUUGAACAUGAAAGCAAUUUACAACGCCGCUAGAGCCGGCAUACCUGCCUCAGCUUCAUCUCGAUCAACAAGGGAAUUUCAGACCACAGUAAGGAACUUGAUCGACCGGAGCAAAGGUCAGAACUUGGAGAGGUUUGCAGUAAACUUCAACGUGCCAACCACAAUCCCAGAGGAGGCUAGAAGCACCAAGUCGCAACCAUUGGAGGAGAAAGGAUCCUUCCACAAUAUUAUUGAUGAAGUGUCGCAUGAAGGAAAGCACAGUACGGCUCAAGCCAACUUUAUCCAGAAAUCCAAAACAAAACUCAUGAAGAUGCGGGUUGGAGACGAAUUGAAGAAGUUUUCUCGGAAUUUCAAGCUCACCACACCCAUCCCCGAGGACAUUGCCGAAAUUUGCAAGAUUCAGUCGAGAACUCAAGAUUGCCAGGUUGAGCUGGAGAAGAGUGACGGGGUUUCGGCGGUUGGUGGCCCGGGUUCGAUGUUGGCUGCUAAGGUUCUGGAAGAGGUCGACGAGGUUCGGGAUGUCGGUAUCAUGAAGAACUAG